UAUAUGUGCGUGUAUGUAUACAGAGUAGGCUAUUAUCAAAAUAUAAUUUUAGUUAUACCUGCCGCUAUGGUACGCCAGUAUUUGGACAACAAGCAUGGACAGCGGACGAAUUGCAUUGGGAGUGUAUGAUAUACCCCAGCAGCAUACAGAUAAGCGUUCGUUCGCUUCGAUAGAGCAGAGCUUUUCAUCGCUGUUUGUUAUUUUGGCCAUCUUCUCGGGCGUUGUAUUGGCCCGUGCGAUAUUGACCCCCAGCCGGACAAGUCGAUUGAAUCCUACGUUAUGCUACCUACUGGAAUUUCCAUUGAUCGCCGUGCCGGGCGUUCUUUUAGUGACUGUGGCUAGCGAUUAUAGUGUGCAAUUCGUGUCGGUUAUGAUAGCUGUGCUUUUCGUUUACAUUAUGCGUACGGGCUCGAUAUCGCGUAUCGAAAGCCAACCCCAAUUUGACGUGGGUACCCGACCUAUUGCCAUUACUAUUUGCCGUGCGCUGACUCAUCUGAUCACAUCGAUUUGUAUACUCGCAAUUGACUUUCAAAGCUUUGAUCGCCGAUAUAGAAAGAGUCGACUCUUUGGUGCUCAUCUCAUGGACACGGGCAUUGGCCUCUUUGUGUUCACAAUGGGUUUGGUGUCUCGUCGUCCGCGCAAUUGCAGUGAACUGCGGCGAAAUAUUCUACGAUCGGCACUGCCGCUCAUAUUACUCGGAAUUGCACGGGUCAUAGCGAUCCUUGCGCUUAACUAUGGACAGGAUGAGCAUGAGUAUGGCGUCCAUUUGAAUGCAUUCUUCACGCUGGGUCUGACCAAGCUGUUUGGUAGUAUAUUCAGUUAUUUUGCACACAGUGACUUGCAGCUGUUGCCUUUGGCAUUUUGUGUUCUGGCAUGCCAUCAGGUGGCACUCACCUUCGGCGGUAUCUCGGAAUAUGUGAUGGAUGAUGAUGUACCCCGCUCCACUUUACUGAGUGCUAAUCGCGAGGGCAUUUUUUCGAUACCCGGUUUUGUGGCUAUUUAUUUGUUAUCUAUUUACUUCGCCCGUUGGCUGUUCGCCAAAAAGUUGUACAGCUUUAAUGAAAUGAUUGGGAAAGUUUUUACCCUACUUAUCUUAGCGAUUGUCUGCUGGUCUCUAACGGCAGUCAGCGCCUAUGUAGUUGGCAUCUCACGUGUCACCUGCAAUUUGGGCUACAUUUUAUGGAUGUCUGCUAUAGUAAGCACCGUUAUGUGGCUAAUCAUGUUGCUGUUUGAACUCAUAUUCCAAAGCAAACAUAUCGAAGCAAACGGAACGAAGCUUAACGAAUUGACGCGCUUAAUGGACGAAAUACAACUUAACGAAACUGAGAAUCUAGAGAAAGGCUUAUUAAUUCCAACGAAAGCCGCUGCCAUCAAGAAUAACGGAGCUCUACCUAUCAUCAUCGAAUCCUUGAACAUGAAUGGCCUUGUGUAUUUUCUUUUGGCCAAUAUAUCAACGGGUUGUGUCAAUAUCUUUUUGAAGCCCGAAGAUCGUUCAGAUGCUGUUUCAGUGUUCAUUUUGCUCAUCUACAUGUUCCUGGUGACGGGUGCCGUCUUUCAACUUUAUAAAAGGCGUAUUCGCAUCGCCUAAAUCAAUGAACAAUCAAUCAACAUAUC